UACGGAAACUUCGGCAUGUGUUUUGUACCGGCAUGCCCACCCAAGCAGUCGCGUCAUUCAUGUGUGCGACUAUUGUUGGAGUUUGUUUUGCUGACCAAUUUGAUUGGUUGGCUGACCAAUUUGACAGCAUCGCAACUGUCAGCCCCGUGCCACGCUACAAUGGAUGCUUCUGUUAGGAAUUUCCGGAGUAAUGGGCGUGGUAGUUUAACGGACAGGAAUAAUCGGUCGCCGGCAGCCGGACGACCAAUAUGGUCCGGCCGGGCGCUACUGUGCCCGUAUUAUCAAUGGCUCAUUGUGAUAACUGUGAUGGCAAUGGCUAAUUUAUCGUCCAUAUCCGUCAGUGCCUUCAACCUGGAUCUGAGCUCGGCUGUCACCCAUCAGGGAGAAGCCGGCUCCAUGUUCGGGUUCACGGUACUCCAGCAUACCGACAAGGGCAAGCAAAUGUUGCUCGUUGGCGCUCCGGAAGCGCAGACUACGCAAGCAGAUGUUAUAAAGGGCGGAUCAGUGUUUAAAUGCUCAAUAACUCAGCCCGUGUGCCAAGAAAUCAUUUUUGAUUCAAAAGGGCCAAAUAUCGUGCCGAAUCCGAUGACGCGCGCGAACGAGCCACUGGAUGAUAAAUCCGGUCAAUGGUUGGGCGCCAGCAUAGCUUCUGCCAGCCCAGACGGGCCUGUGGCAGUCUGUGCACCCCGCUAUGUAUAUUUCUCACCCAGUUUUUCCAAACGAGAACCAGUAGGGACAUGCUAUGUCGGAACCGAAUCCCUCACCGAAUUCAGGGAGUAUUCACCAUGCCGGCAAGGAUCCGGAUCUUCUGGCUAUCAUCAGCAAGGCAGCUGCCAAGCGGGAUUUUCCGCUGCAGUCAGUAGGGAUGGAAGUCGACUUUUUAUGGGGGCACCUGGAACGUGGUACUGGCAAGGGCAAGAACAUUCGGCUUCACUCACGAACCGUGAUGAAGUGCUGGCGACUGUAGAAAGUCCUCCACACCACGACGACAGCUAUCUCGGCUAUUCAACCGUAGUGGGCGAAUUCAGCGGCGAUAAAGUGGAUGACGUUGCUGUUGGAAUGCCUCGUGGCUACAACCUCGUCGGAGCGGUCAUUCUUUUCGACAUGCAGUUGCGUAACUUACUAAAUUUGACGGGUGAGCAGAUGGGAAGUUAUUUUGGAUAUGCGUUAGCGGUGGCCGAUAUCAACGGAGACAGACUGGACGAUUUGAUUGUUGGAGCACCAUUGUUUACGAAUUACAGUUCAAACGAUAAUGCGAUUGAAAAAGGACGAGUUUACAUAUAUUACCAAAAGCAGACGCAUCGAUUUUCCAGCCCGGAUACUCUUGAUGGCGAUUUUAAUCGUGGGCGUUUGGGAAUGUCACUUUGUUCUGCCGGUGAUUUAAAUCUGGAUGGUUUCGCAGAUAUCGCCGUGGGCGCACCAUACGCGGGGGAGGACGGACGCGGCCUCGUUUACAUCUACAUGGGUGGGAAGAACGGAAUUGUGAGCAAACCGACGCAAGUCAUCGGCGCCCGUGAUAUCGAUGUCCAUUUGACGACGUUCGGCUUCUCCUUGGCGGGCGGCAGCGAUCUCGAUGGGAACUCUUACCCAGAUUUGGUUGUCGGAGCUUAUAAGUCUGAUCGCGCAGUCAUACUGAAGUCUCGUCCGGUGGUUACGGUUACAACGUUGCUUGAUAUGCCUACAACCGUGAAUUUGGAGAAUAAGGGAAAUUGCAUGCUAAGAAAUGGAACACGAGUGAGCUGUUUCGUGCUCAACACAUUUGUUCAGUAUUCUGGUACCAAUGUUCCCGACCAUUUAACCAUCGAAGUGGAAACUAUUUUGGAUUCGGGUUCUCCUGUGCCGCGAGCGUUCUUCCGACAUGAAGAAGGCAAAAGCCGACUCAACACGACAUACCAGCUGGCCAAAAAUCAGCAGCGAAACAACAGUGUAUAUGUUUACAUGCCGAAUUACUUUCGGGACAAGCUGAGCCCUAUUAAAAUGGAAGCCAAGUAUCGCAUUGUCGACGCCAAUUUUCCAUCCUGGUCCAGCAGUCCAGGUGGCGCGGCGUCAUGGUCAUCAGGUCAGCAGGCGCUGCCCCUCCGCCAGCGGCGGGAUAUUACGCCCAUUCUGGAUCAGCUGAACUCCACGUCAGUUUCCAAGCAAAUCCGCAUUGGCAAUAAAUGUGGGCCGGACGAUGUUUGCCACCCUGCUUUACGGCUGAAUACCCGCCUAAGCUCAGGGAAGCCGGAAUAUAUCUUGGGGAAGUCGGAUCCAUUAAGCGUGGAUGUUAAUGUGGAGAAUGAGGGUGAAGAUGCGUUCGAAACAAUGUUUUUCUUGAAUCUGCCACCGGGAGUCCAGUACGCCAAGGCCCAACAAGACGCCAAUCAGCCGCAUGUUGGAGUUACAUGUAGUCAACGGAGUGGAAAAGGAGAAAAUACUGUGAUCUGUGACGUUGCUAAUCCAUUACCGGCCGGACAAAAGGCAUCGUUCAAGAUAUUUCUGCAACCUGUCCCUUCCCAGCUGGAAGCGGAAGUCCUGAAUUUUUCUGCUAAAGUCAACAGUUCGAACGCAGAAAACCCGCGUUACGUCCAGAAGAACAACAACAUGGAUUUCCGGCUGAAAAUAUCGGCCGACGCAUCGCUUGCCGUUUCUGGCUCAUCUUCCCCGCAGCAAGUCAAGUACUGUGUCGACUGCGCAACGCCCACGCGCUACCACACAGAACGACAGAUUGGACCAGCAGUAAAGCAUAUGUACACGAUUUAUAAUGAUGGACCAACCACGAUCGAGAAAGCUCAAGUACGCAUACACUGGCCUUCGUAUACGCGCAAGAAAAUGCAUUUGCUGUAUUUGAUGGAGCAACCGUUCGUUGAUGGGCAAAACGUAACGUGCCACAAAGUGCCGGCAAAUACUGAACGCGUUGAGAUUGAUUCAAAUGAAACUCUUAAUUUUCACCAACGAAUCCAUCCGGCGCAGUCACCUUCCCAAGCAUCCCCGACACGCGGACCACGUUCGACCGAUAAUGCACAAGGUCAACCUAAAGAGCAGAAGAAGCGCCAAACCGAUUCGUAUUUGGAUCAGACGGAGUCCCAUUUAAGAAGAGACGCUUGCAAUGCCUACGAAUGUGUUUAUAUUACCUGUGAUAUACACGGCUUGGCGGAGAGACAAACUGUGGCUAUAACCGUCCGUGCGCGAUUAUGGGAAGAAAGUCUGCGGAAAAUGCAGUUUGAUGACAUUUCCAUAUCAUCUACCGCCCUUGUUUAUGUUCAGUCCCUGGCGCAUUCCGUAAAACCACGAUCUAAUCAGCACUAUUCGGUCGUGAUAAAAACGGAUAUAAACCCUUCCGAUCCAGCCAGAGUGCAAAUGGCCAUCCCAUGGUGGAUGAUCCUGGUUGGAGUUCUUAUUGGGCUUUUAUUACUAGUCGUCAUCAUAUUAGUCUGUUGGAAGUGCGGAUUCUUCCGACGAAAACGCCCCGGCAUGGCGAACGGCGCUGCAGCCGGAAGUGCCGCGGCAGCCGCCAGUGCGCGCGGAGGCGGUAGUGUCGCCGCCGGCGGACACAGUUAUAACGGGGCUCGUUAUCAACCCUUGGCUACCAGUGCCGGCGCCGGCGCCGCGUCCAACGGCAAUGGUCACGGCCACACCACGCCCUACUACGCCUACCGAUACGACUAUGCCGACAACAAGUACUAUCCCGAAAGGGCGCCAGGCAAGCCGCAAUCCAGUGACGCUUAUCUAUGAGCCAAAGGUCAUCUGUGUGAAGUUUUUGCAUUACUUGCGUGAUUUGUUCAGUUCAAAGGGAGCGCAAUGACCUUCGGAGUUAGCGCCGCAAGUAUGCUUGUUUUUUAUUUUAAAAUGCUUUGGACAAAACGAAAAAUGCUUAUACUUCUGCGCCUCCUCGUUUGAAUGAUACUAAUUUUUUAAUGACUCGCAUGUUGUAGUAGAUUUAAUUUGGGACCUAAUCCAGUCGAUCUGCAUGUUCCGUAAAAAUUUUUUGUUGAUCUUUAUAGUCAUUUUACCUGGGUUUUUGUCUUGAUGUUGUGGUACAAAAUGCUGCAGUACUCGUAUGGGUUACGUAUGACGAGAAAAAAAACUAAAACAGCGAAUGC